AGGAUGUAGAAGCAUUGCCAACACUGUUCCAGAUAUCCACCGUCUGUGAUAGCUGCCACUGGUACACAGAGAAACCACACUGAGGUCCAUUCAGCUUUGGACAAUGGAAUGACUGUUGCCUGAAAACCAUGGAUGGCUUUGUCCUCUUGGGACUGGUGCUCUCAUACAUGACUCAAGCACUUGCAGCCCAGAUGGAGUUGCUGCCUGAAACGCUGACUGUUGUGCGGGGGGAAGAGGCCCGCUUCACCUGCAGUACUUCUCACCCGCGGUGGACGGUGAUGGUGUGGCUGCUGAACGGUUCCUCGGUGCUGACCAUCUCCAGGGAGCAUGGCAUGCUGCCCUCCAUCAACCCCAACGUGACCGCUGAGGAUCACUCCACCCCACAGACAACCAGAUGGGUGCUUGUCCUUAGGAGGACAGAGAGGCACCAGCAGGGACCAGUGACCUGUGACCUCCAGAACAUCCAGAGAAAAACAGCAAGCCUGUUUAUGCAAGAGAAAGGCAGCGUAAAAGUUUUUGGAGGCGACAGGGUCGCGCUGAAGGGACAGCGGGUCCUGUUUGAAUGUCAAGCAGCAGGAUGGCACCCACAACCCAGCAUGGGAUGGCUGGUAAAUGGCAAAGAGGUGGGUGAGGGUGAAUACAACGUCAGUAUUGAGGUGUCUGGAGAGAACCUCUUCACUGUGACCAGUAACCUGAGCAUACAGGCAGCGGUGAGCUCUCUCGUGGAUUGCCAGGCCUCAGUGUCUGCCCUCCCCAAGCCUCUGAUGAGCAGAAUCCAUCUGACCGUGGUUUCAGAGGUGGUGCAGCAGGGAGACGACUACAGCAUCCUAUUGGCCGUAACGGCCACACUUUCUACACUUUUCCUGCUCCUUCUGAUCAGCAUUUUCCUCGUCCUGUGCUACAGAGGAAGAAUGCAAGCAAGCACAAGCCAACGGGAUGCAAUAAGGUUCGACCAAUCAGUGAGUGGACGAAGCUCAGUUGCUGAGGCGACAGGGGGGAGAAUCAACCUGGGAUACUCUGCUGAAGGGCUCACAGAUGUCGGUCACAAUGACCUCAUCAAGGAAACCCACCGCCAGAUGGACUCUGUUAGCAUCCAUAAGGUCCCUGAUGUUGUGUCCUCCAGUAACCCGUCUCUACACAGCCCAGCCCAGAUGGAGCUGGGAGAGGAGAGCUCCAAGACCUUCAGGAGAGUUACCACAGUUUGA